GCGGAAGUAGUUCUGACCUUACAGUCUGGUUCUGACAGGUCUUCAGGGUGUGUCUGUUUGUAAAUUAUAAAACAGAUGGUUCACACAGAAAUCUUCCUGUGAAGGAAAUCAUCCUGAACUCUCUCACACCUCAAGAGAAACUCUCUGACGUGUUGGAGUUCUCGAGAUCGGUCUUGUCUUCAGACUACAGGAAAUACAUUUAGAAUCUGGCUGCUUGAAUGUCGGCCGUGGCAGACACGAUGGCAUCACCGAGCCCACUGUCCAAGGCCAACACCAGCUUCUCUCUGGCUCUGUUCAAGACGCUGAGCGAUAACGACAAGACGGCAAAUAUCUUCUACUCUCCUUUCAGCAUCUCGUCUGCUCUGGCCAUGGUGAUGCUGGGGGCCAGAGCCAACACGGCUGCACAGAUGUCGGAGGUCCUCUGCUUCACCAAGGCGGAGAAGCCUCAGCCUGCAGCAGAGCAGCAGAUGAUGCAGAUGCAGCAGCAGGUCCAGUCCAUUCUGCCAAAGUUCCUGCUGAAGUGUCUGAAAACUCAGGAGUGUCAGGAUGAAGUCCACGCCAGCUUCGCCCUGCUGCUCAGCGAGCUCAACAAGGCGGACGCUCCGUAUGCCCUCAGUGUGGCCAACAGGCUGUACGGGGAGCAGUCCUACCAGUUUGUUGAGGACUUCUUAAACAGCACAAAGAAGCACUACAAGGCAGAGCUGGAGUCUAUUGACUUCAUCAGAGGUUUUGAAGCUGCAAGAGUCAACAUCAACAGCUGGGUGGAGAGCAAGACACAAGGUAAAAUUAAGGACUUGCUGGCUCAGGGCUUGGUCGACAGCAUGACCCGGCUGGUUCUCGUCAACGCCAUCUACUUCAAGGGAAACUGGGACAAAAAGUUUCAGGAGAGCUCCACGCAGGACGCUCAGUUCAGACUCAACAAGAAUGAAACCAAGACAGUGAAGAUGAUGCACCAGAAAGCAAAGUUUCCUUUGACCUUCAUCCCUGAAGGCAACUGUCAGAUCCUGGAGAUGCCUUAUAAAGGAAAGGAGCUCAGCAUGCUCCUCUUCCUGCCCAAUGAUAUGGAGAAUGGUACAACAGGCCUGGGGAAGCUGGAGAAGGAGCUGACGUACGAGAACUUUGUUGACUGGACUCGUCCGGACAUGAUGGACGUGCAGGAGGUGAUGGUGGGGCUGCCUCGGUUCAAGAUGGAGGAGAGUUACGACCUGAAGAACGUCCUGAUGAGCAUGGGGAUGGUGGAUGCCUUCGACAUGGGCUUGAGUGACUUCUCAGGCAUGUCUCCUGCAAACGACCUGGCCCUUUCCAAGGUCGUGCACAAGGCGUUUGUGGAGGUGAACGAGGAGGGAACGGAGGCGGCUGCAGCCACCGCUGCCAUCUUGAUGCUGCGCUGUGCCAUGCGUCCUUCAACCUUCAUCGCUGACCACCCCUUCCUCUUCUUCAUCAGACACAACCCCUCCAUGAGCAUCCUCUUUGCUGGAAGAUACUGCUCCCCGGAGUGAACGCUGCACUUUUUUCUUUCUCAACAAAUACGUCUGCAAGAGUAAUGUUGAGAAUCUCUCCAGAGUUUACAGAUGGUCACUCUGAGCUCCCGUCCUUUUUUUUUUUGCAAUACUAGAUUCACAAGUUAAAACUGUGGUGUUGGAUUUCUUUACUGCUCUGCAUCACUUGUGCCUUCUUGAACACCGUUGCACUGUUUCUGUUUUGCACCUUACCUCCUCUGAAAGAUCUGGUUUACUUUAUGCCUGUAAUACACGUUUGACCCUUUUUGCUGCAGUCCCUGUCUUAUUACCAUUAAACACUUUUCUCAAACGUUACUCUCUUCUAAAGAAUCUGCCUUUAUCAUAAUGUCUACCGUGAAGUAAAGUAAGUAUUUUACAUCGACUGUACUUUAACACCAUAUGAAGGUUUGAAGAUUGUAAACUUUUCUGCAUAACAUGCAACACCAGAGCUCCUUUUUUAAGUCAACCAAAGAGAAUAAUGUGAUGACAUCACAUUUUCAAAGUUGUAAUCAAGCAAAGAAAGUGAUGCAUGUAGUGAUUGUCGUUAUGCAUUUGAUGAAUGAAGGCUAUAAAGAACUUAUUAACCUGGCAUGAAGUCUGUAAUGAGAUUACACGUGAAAUAAAAAGAGUGCUUUGCAAA